UUGCGUGUCUUGUGGAGAGGACAGAAGAGGACAUUACAGGACAUUGCGGGACAUCUAACACUCAUACUGAAGAGAAAGCCGUGAGGCGUUUAAGGACCACUUUGACGGGGAGUUUGUCGACAGGGAGAUGAAUCACCUGCAGGAGACGCUCAGGCGAUUUCCAGGUGCAGCUUGAACUGGACGCACGUGCGUGUGAGGAGGAAGAGGCCUAACGAUGAUGCCCACUUCAAUCCACUCGGCUUUAGCCCCGAACAGUCACGUGAGCCAGCUGAGCAGGUACGCGAGCAGCCACCGCAACACGCCGGAAGAGGACGAUGAGACCAUUAGCUCGGAGGAGAGAGAAGCCGGCGUGGUCCACCAGCCAGACUCCACCCUUGACCCCGACGGCCACCGCCUCCUUCCUAAGCGCGCCGCCUUCCCUGAUGACUCCCUGUUUGGCGGACAGGAGCAGGACCUGGCCCUCCAUCACCCCGGCCCGAGCUACCCCUCCUACCAUUUCCCCCGCAGCUUGUCCCCCGGGUACAGCCAGCCCACGCCGUUCCCCAGCCACGCAGACGGCGCCUGGCUCCACCCGAGCUUCGCCAGCAGCUGGUCGGGGUAUCCCAGCAGCCUUCCGUCCUCUCUGAGCCAAAAAGAGGUCUCCAGCUGCCUCUCCGGGUGCAAGUCCCCGUCCCUGCCCGGCGGACACAGCACCAGCAUGAGCAGCCUGGAGCAGCCGCUGUCGCUGUGCUCCAACCCCCCCUCGGCCAACCUGUGCCACCACACGCUGCCUCCGUACUCGUGCUCGCCGCUGGGAGCCGCCUGCUGCGCGCAGCGCCCCGCAGACGCCUUCCCUAGGGGGGCGGUGGUCAACAAACCCCUCUGGCCUCAGCACCACCCGGCGUACGGCCCCUGCUGUCCAGGUGACUGCAGACUUCCUGCAGCUGGAUACACACACAUGGGCCACAAAGCUCCAGCCAAAGAGAGGACGCCCCCGUACAGCACGCCGCUGUCCCUGGAGCAGAGGAGGGUGUUUGUCACUUACGAGGCGGACAGCGACAAGCACGUCAACGAGAUCAUCAACUUUGUGGCUCUGCUGCGACAGAACGGCUUCGACACGCACAUUGAUAUUUUCGAGCAGCAGUUCAGGAGUAUCAGCAAGAUCGACUUCAUGGAGCGAUACCUCAGCGAGAAAGAGUACCUGAUCAUCAUCAUCAUCAGUCCCAAGUACUAUGAGACCGUGACGGCGUCCCCGGUGGGCCUGGAGAACGACGAGAGGACCUUCAACACCGUCUACAUACAUAAACAGCUCCAGAAUGAGUUCAUCCAGAAUGGAAGCAAGAAUUUCAGGUUCAUUCCCAUCGUGUUCCCCGGGGCGAAAAAGUGUCACGUUCCCAACUGGCUUCAGAACACGCAUGUUUACGGAUGGCCGCGCGACCGCGACGACAUCCUGCGGCGGCUGAUGAGGGUCGAGAAGUACAACCCGCCUCCUAUAGGGGAGCUACCCACCAUCGUUUCCAUCCCCAUAUAGAGACCUCUGACCUGAAGGCUGGACUGAAACCUUCCUGGAGAACUCUGCCCGUCGUCGAGGUGAACGGGGUUGCCUGUGCAGGAUGUUUGACAUCAAUUUACAUUUUAAGUUAGCGUCAUGUGAACUCUUCUCCUGGGAUAUAUUACAUAAGUGACGUGUUGAGGCACACAGAGGAGCUUUUUGUUCUCGGCAGCUUGUCAAUGUGCCUCACGCGACAUGUUUUCACCUCUCUGUGUUCCACCUGCUGCAACACCAUGAGUAAUGUUUACUGUUUACUUCACAGCCUGGCAAGUGCAACGAUUAGUUCUUUUAACUGCAGUUUAAAGUUCGUGGUUCUUAGGAUUUGAACACCUAACCUUGUAAAUGAGAGAUGUAUCAUACUUGUACUGGGACUCAGGUGUGCACAUAUUGUAUAAUUAAAUAUAUGACAGGAUAAUGAAACAGGGAUUUCAUUUAUGAGAGGUAAACACUGACACAUACUCCUCAGCACACGCUGCAGCAGCCAUAUUAACCUUUCUUAUUGCAGCAUCUGUCUAAUGCAAACAGCUGACCAUCUGGGUGAGUUACUGAAGAGUAAAAAUCCCUGAUUGUUAGAUACUGUUUAAAGACGAGGCAGAUUUCUUUCAGCAUUAUUCAAAGUGGAUUUUUCUCAUGAGACACUUUCUGAACGCUUGUUUUUUGCAUGUUUUUACUCCACCGGCUUGAGAGCAGCUGUGAUGUUUACUGACAGAACACCUAAUUCAAGUUUACAUUCUCUGUUGAUGUUGAUUUUCAGAACGCACUGAAACCAACCUGGAACAACGUGUAGUCAUGUGAAUCGCACAUUAUUUGUAUAAUUGUUUUUAAAAAAAAAAAGGGCUGAAACAAGGAUUUCGGUCUCUACAUGUUCGCUGAUAAAAA